UUUUUUUUUUUUUUUAACGUGUUCGUAUUUUUGUUCCUGUGUCAAAAACCGCUAGCUUGCUAACUACUGAGGCAUAUUAGCAUAUCAUAGGCAUAUCACCAAUUGUUAAAAACAACGCUACCAUUUCAAGAGACGCAGUUUUGAAUUUUAUAUUUAACUUGUUUAAUCGACAUUGUUGAGCUCGCUAAUAAACUUCUCGCGUCGAGAAACUAGCAAGACCAAUAGUGAAGUUAGUGUUAGCCAUCUAGCUAGCAGUUUUUCUAAUUUUGCUAGCCGAGCAGACUCUUAUCGAGUUUGGCGUUUUUUAAAUAAAUUUAAAAAAAACGAAACAAAAACAUUUAGACUUUUUGUGCAUUAAUUUAACGGGUUGUCAUUAGUUGACGUUAUGUUGGACCCUGUCACUGUCCUGGAGCGGUACUAGCUAUAGUGUAACUUAAUAUACAGCUAGCUAACGUUAGCAUCAAACCCCCACCGGCCGGUGAGCCUCGGAACAAGCUGCUGUUUGGACUGGAUUCGGCUUCACUGUUUUAAUUACAAUCGAGAUGAACUCGAAUGUGGAGAACUUGCCUCCCCAAGUUUUGAGACUGGUGUAUAAGGAAGUGUCUGCACUGGCAGCAGACCCACCAGAGGGAAUCAAAAUUUACCCCAGUGAGGAAGAUAUCACAGAACUUCACACUGCCAUAGAGGGGCCAGAAGGGACCCCAUAUGCAGGAGGAGUGUUCAGAAUGCGCUUGGUCUUGGGGAAGGAUUUUCCUGCUGUACCACCCCGGGGCUAUUUCCUGACCAAGAUUUUUCAUCCAAAUGUCGGACACAAGGGUGAGAUCUGUGUCAACGUACUGAAGAGAGACUGGAAGGCAGAGCUCGGCCUCAGGCAUGUAUUACUGACCAUUAAAUGCUUAUUGAUCCAUCCAAAUCCAGAGUCGGCUCUGAAUGAAGAAGCAGGAAGGUUACUGUUGGAGGACUAUGCAGAAUACGCCUCACGUGCCCAUCUACUGACCGAGAUCCACGCUAUGGGAGGAAGCUCAGGAGCUCCAGAGCCUGGUGAUGGACCACAGCCCAAGAAACAUGCAGGAGAUCCAAGCAAACGUGCAAUUACAGCUGGUGUUGCAAAUACAGUUGCUACAGCCAAUGGCACAAAUAGUAGCAGUGCCAGUGGCACAAGUAGUAGCAAUAAUACUGGAGUUGCUAAAAAGAAAACUGACAAAAAACGAGCUUUGAGGCGACUAUAAUAGUGAAUAAUCCUUUGUUUAUUUUUUUUUUUUUUGCCAAUAUAAAUAUUGAAUUGAGACCAUGUUUUUCCUCCUUUUUAUGAUUUCUGUUCUAGAAAAGAACCUCUCCUUUUGAUUGGUUUUGUGAUUAGCAUUCAACAUGAAUUCCUCUCAUCAGUUUGUUCCAUUCAAACUCUGCUCUCAGGUUUCCGACUUUCAUGAUGACAAUGUAGAUCACACAUGGAACAGGAAAAGUUUUCAAUCAAGCAUGUAUUUAUGUCCCCUGAAAAUCUCAUGAGUAACUUUAUCAGUAUUUUUCCCCUUGGCACCCUUUAAAGAGGGUUAGAGAUAAUAUCUCACUGUGGCAGUUAAACACCUGUCAAGAUAGUAAGGCUAUUCUAUAUGAAAGCAGCACCACCGCUUUAAAAAUAAAAGCACCAAGUCUUCUGGAUAUCAACCAACCGUUUUUAUUUCACCAAUAUUUGAGUUCCUAGACAACCAGUGCCUGUUGGUCAUGCGCAAGAAUGUUGAGGGAACAAAAUUCCUGAUUUCACUGAUUGCUUUUGGUUAAGUGGAAACUGUAUUACCGGGGCUCAUUGUUUAGGUUUCUGUAGCACACAACAGCAGGCUAAACAUCCCGACAUGCACUAUGGAUUUUAAUUAAACACAAGAACAAGAAAUGAAUGAAAUCUCCAGGUGUUUUAUAGACACACUUGGAGGGUGAGUAAGCUGGUGGUUUAUGAAGGGAUGUAAUGAGUUCCAUCCUGCUUCACUUGGAUAGUAUGUCUGCCUGUCCAACAGUUGAGUGAUUUUUAAUAGAUUUGGCUGUUUAAGUUGAGCGAUUUAUGGGUGACUCCAUUGUUAAAUGCCGUUCCAGAAGAAUCUAAUCAGUAAUAUUUAUUACAGAAAGUAGACAAAGUGCAGCUUCAUCCCUUCACAAUAUUCUACAGCUGUGUAGUGUUUUAAUAGAGUAAGAAGGGAAAGCAUAGAAUGGGUUAAAAUGUGGUCUGAAUAUAACUUUAAAAUGUUCUGAUGUCUCUUUUUUUUUUUUUUUUUUUUUUUUUUUUUUUUUGGGUGUUUUUUUUUUUUCCAUGUUUUUGUGCAUUUAUGUUGUCUGUUCUUCACAUUUUCCAGUUUAAACCAUGUAUGUAUUGAUUAGUUUUUGCUUCUGGCUUUUGUCGGAGAUCAUGUCCAUAAAGCAGAAAGGGCAGAUCAAAGUCUUACAAAUUAUUUUUUUAUAUCUAGAAUGAGACGGUCCCUUUUCGAUUUAAGAAGCAUUUGUGCUGUUCCACAAUCAUUGUACACUUUUUAUUUUUAAUCCAAUAAUGUGACUUGUUUUUAAAAUGUUCUAAUUGUAAUGCCCCUUAAACAUAAAUUAGAGCUGAAUUCCAGCUGUGUUGCUCUUAGCGAGGGAAUGUCUCAUCUUUGUCACUCUUGUAUUGGUGCAUUUACAUUCGGUGCACGUCCAACAAUGUCUGUUUUGUCAACACGGGGAGGGCCUACAGUUCCUAAGGAAGCUCUCUUUUAAUGGCUCUGGGCUCUGUUAAGACCAUGCAUACGGGUAAACUUUUACCAUUUUGUGAGGUUCUUUGUGGGCUUUGGGGCAGUUGUGUCCAUUUAAGUUAUUUAAAUUAAAAAUAAACUAUCUUCUGUUACAUA